GACUACUGAAACUUCAAGGCGGGUGUGUGAGUGUGUGGCGGAGCUCUGCACAUCGGGAUCACAAAUUCAGAGUAUCUUUGUGGAUAUUCAUCACCAGUUUCUCGGACGUUAUAAGGGAUCACGGUCACUCACGUUGGAUUUUUCGCAGUCGUCUGGAGUUUUUUUUUUUUUUUUUGGUUAAGCGGUGAUCCUUAAGAGCGGAUUUGAGGAGUGUUGAGGAAUACGCUAAAUGCGUUAAGGUGGAAUGUGGAGAUUCGACCUGAGAAACAGCUAUCUGAAGUCAUCACUUGAGAGAUUGCUCUCCAUGCAAUGCAAUCUGGAUGUCCACACAAGGAGGAGCCUACCCUGCAUUCCAACACAAGAGUAAUGUUGAUGUUCUUACAUCACAUCAGGACAACAAUGGUAUACCUCUACCAAGGGUUUGCCCUGCAAAUGGAAGACAACUCAACAUGGUAGCCACUCAGGAUCCUGAGGUGCUUAGAGUUGGCUAUGGUUCAGCUCAGAGGCAGCAAGACAAUGCACAAUCAGGACAACAUUUACGGGGACUUCACCACCAACAGAGCUCACAGGCAACCACAGCAAGUUCUGGAUUCCAUGUCUCCGCACAAUAUAGCAGUCAUUGUGAGACAUCUGUUAAUGAAAACUCUGUGAGACAGUCUGUUUGUAAUAGUGGACAACAAAGGGAAUGUUCAAAUCAUAAUUUCCUAAAAGGCUCAAACUUGAACAACAACAGUAGACUGCAUUCAAAUAGUGCAUUUUCUGCUGGUACCAGAUUUGUAGCACUUAAGGGAGACACCUUUGAAAACACAGCACAGAUGUUCCCUUUAGAGGAAGCAUCUUCCUCUGUGCCUGAGGACAAACAGCAGACAUCAAGCCCACUGCUACAUUCCCUACUGAAAGGAAAUUAUCCAGAUUUCAAAUAUUUUAUGACCAACCAACUUCCUUCAUCAGAGGAAACUGAUGCCAACACUGAUUUCAAUACUAGUACUCAUUUUUCAGAUGACAUGCACAGCAAGAGUCAGCAAAUGAAAAGUUCACUAGAUGCUCUAAACUGUGGACAGACCAGAACACAACUUCUAGAUCAUUCAAGAGGAAUUCAUUCCACCCCCCACCAGCAGCAGGUCACUUCUCCCUGUCUCAGCGGUCAGCUGUCCACUGACAAAGCUUCGCUGUUUGGAAAAAGAAAACCACUUACAGAUGACCAAAUACAGGACCGUCUUGUCAAAAAGUUUAUGUCUUUUAUAAAAAUUUUACCUCAGGAAAGAGAAAAGUAUGGACACACACACUCCAGUAAGGGGUGGAGUUUUUGCACUAAUAACAAGGAUUCCACUCUCCAGUCUGACUGCAGCAUGCCAAGGUCCAACAGUGUUGCCCAUCUCCCCAUAACCCCUGCCUCUGACAAAGGAGAGAGACAAGGAUGCGUUGAAAGACAAAGUGUCAGCUGCCCUGCUGCAGUUGGACAAGAACCUCAAGAGGAUAAUCCCAAGGAGAACAAAGCAAAUGCUGAGUUAACUCCCAAGUCUAACACAGAAUAUCCACAAAUUAUGGCGAAAGUUGCUGCCAUUUGCACAAAGAAUGAAGAUGAAAGUCCAGUGGUUCUCAACGCACUGUCAGGAAUGACUUUGGAUGAGCUGACUGAGAAGCACCCCAGUUUAAGGCCCAACUGCAGCUCUUCACAACAAGAAUACAAAUCCUGGGCUGUCAAACAAGUAACAGAGAAAGAGGAAGGAUAUACAGGCCUAAAACCAGUGGAGGCAGUAGGGCUGGACAAUGUGCGAGGUGUGACUACUGUCUCAGAGGAUCUUCAAACCAAGUCAAGUUCUGUGGUAACCGGAAACAAAACAUUUGCGCUCACAUCACUCAGUGAAAAAAAAAAGAAAAACAUGGAUGAAUAUUGUCAUAUUACCUGUCAGGAAGUAAUUGAACAUUCCAAGCUAAAUUCAUCAAAUGAUAAAAUUCAAAUUCAUAAUGUAAUAUCAGUUCCUACAAACCAAUGUGAACAGUUGCAGAACCAAAGUCGUGAAGGUGUGAUGGAGGAUGCAGGUUCUGUGCAUUCACAAAUAGAGUUAAGCCUAGCACUUUCUGAAAACAAAGUCCAACAACCAUCUGUACUACCAGAAAGAGAGGAUAAGGAAGAACACUCACACACAAUUUUGAAAGUUCCCCAAUAUGAAGACAUUUCAGAUGAUGAAGACAAGUCACAGUUCUUGACAAACCUCCCAAACACAGAACAUGAGGAAUUACGCUUCCCACCAUGUAUUGAGGAGUUUCAGUAUGAAGAUAUAAGUAAUGAUGAAAAUCCACAGAUUGAGACUUCGCUUAUACAGGUAUCUGAACCCAACAAUAAGCAGCCACCAUCUGAAAAUGAAGACUGUGAACAUGUACAGGAUCAGGCUCAAAACAUUUCAGAUGAGAGACUUGCUCCAAAAAAGAAGGUUUUGCCAAAGACAGGAACACUGGAUAUAUCACAAGAUUGCUCUUGUCCAUGUUUUGGUGAAACUGAUGGUUUUGAACGUCUGUUUCCUGAAUAUCACAGUGAGAGACAUCUGGAAUGGCAAACAAACCUCUCAGAUAGUCCUUCCUCUGUUUUUAAAGAUGGAGAUGAGACUGAUGAUCAGAUGGAUGAUGACUGGAUAGUCAUACCUGUGAACAUGACAGACCUUACAUAUGAAACAGAAGAUGAAGACCAAGACGUCCGAGAGAACGUUGUGCUAGAUGAUGGAGAAACUGGAGACAAAGAAAGACAGGGUGACACAAAUCCAACACACUCUGAGUUCCAUUGUCCAGCUCCAAACCCAGUACCAGCUUCUUCGUCUUCCCACAUAGAGGUGUUCGACACAGUUCAGAGUUUUCUACAAGCAAAAGCUGGGAGAAGUUUUGAGGUGGUAUCAGCCAAGAACACUCCUGAACAUGACAAGGACUGUGAACCACAUACACCUCAGAACAGGAGAGAAUCGUACUCUGAUUCUGAAGAUAGCUGUGAAACUGAAGACAGUUGUGAUUACUCAUCUGCAUCAGAACACAACUAUUUGACAGUGUCCAGGCAGUUGUUAAAAGAGAGGUCAGUGUCUCAGAUGCAUGAUUCUGUGUCUGAAAAAGACUGUGAACAUGAUGAGGCUACAAAUGUGCAAGAAGGUCAAACACAGAGCUUGGACAAGUUGAGUCAUAUGCAGAAACUUAGACAGCUGAUUGAAGCAAAGGUUGACUCAAAGCGUGCCCAACCCAAGGCCAACAAGCAAAAUACUUCAAAAAAAGAAAAUGAAGAUAUAAUAAUAAUACAUGAUUCUGACACGGAGGAUGAAAGUGACCUAAAGUGCGAAAAGAAGUCAAAAAGGAAGGCAUUCUCCUCACACUCCGUGAACUGUAGAGAUGCCUCAUGGGAUCAACAAAGAGGACAUCCACCUGAAACUGUGGACAGUCAGUGUGGAACUUUGAAACAAAAGUUUAAAAAAAACAGAUGGCCAUCUGAAGGCUCUCCAGCUCCACAGUGUCAAUCUAAACUUCAUCAGACACAGGUUAAAGAAGUGAUACAGGAUUCAUGCUCUGACUUGACUGUCAGUAUUAAAAAGAGUGGACAGUUGAUUAAAACUAAAAGUGGCUCUGAACAUUUUCAACAAAAGAAAAGCAGACAAACAACCUCAAAAAGAAGAUUUGUUUGCCCGGAUUCUGAUAAGGUGGUUAAAGAGAGAACACGCUCAUCAGUUUCAAAAGACAGUGGCAGUGCCUUAUUUGCUAUACAAAACAAAACUUCAACUGAAACUGUGAACAGUCUUUGUGGUACUGCUGAAGGAGAGCCUCAAAAAACGUUUGCACUUUUACUUGAAGACUCACCAGAGAGGCGGCCUCGGUCUGUGUACAAGGAAGCAGAGUCCAAUUUAGGUCCUAAUCCUGUGAUUCAUCGCCUUUUUGUUAAGAAGUCGUCUCAACCCAGCAAUUACUUGAAAUUUUUAAAAGAAUCUGAAGUCCACAGUCAAGGCAAAAACGAAGCUCUGGCUCCAAAGACCCCUAAAGCAACCAGCAAGAAGGCAAACUCCUGUGACAAGAAAACACUGCAUUUGCACAGAGAUGAACAAGGAAGAUUUGUGUCCAAACCAGAACCUGCAAAUGAUAGACUGUCUGCAAGAAAAAAUAAGGUUCAAGCCAGCGUAACAAGACCCAAACCGGUUGCUAGACAACUUUCAUUACCUAGUCAGGAGGGCUCAUCCAUCUCCACCAGUAGCUUGACUUCCACAAGUGGACAACUUUCUGAAGCUAGACAAAGCUCAACCUCCUCAAGAGGUUUGCCACAGUCUGGUAAUACCACUGCCUUCUCUGGUCUUUCUAAAACUAUGCAGUGCACACCUGUUCCAAGACAACGUUUGUCUUCAUCCAAACUAAAGCGUUCUCACUCUUAUAGCAGCCCCUCAACAUCAGAUCACCCCCACACUCCUACAAAAGUCCCAUCACCCCGUACAACCAUGCAACCAUCAGCAACAAAAAGAGUGACCAACGAUUGGCAGAAGAGCUAUUUUCCAACUAGGUGGGACAGAAAAAUAGGAAUGGGCAUGGGAAUUGAAGAGGCUUUGAGAACCACAAAUUAUGAGUCCAAAGAGGGAAGCAAUGCCAGAGUACAGGCCAGGACCUAGUCAUUAUGACAGGGCACCAAGACGAAGGCAUGACUCCCACGAGUCUGAAACUCCCCUGAUGAAGAGAAGCAAGUUUGAAGCCAUACAGAGGACAAAGGCGAGAAAUCAAAACACCCCAACAAAACAAAGAUGCUGCGUGGGUGUAGGUUACAAGUGGUCAGAGAAGCCAACUGCAAAAGGUUCCAAGAAGUGUAGACCUCCUCGAAGACCCCACCAGUGACAAAAGUGCCACUAUCUACAACUUAUCCCUCCAAGGGACAGGUUGUUCAUCACUGUUAUUGUAAAUUGUAAAUGAUUCUAUCUUUUAUUUUCCAAAGCAUUUCUGUACAUUACAAUCACAGACUCUGUUAUCCUGCAUUACAAAAUUGAACUCUAUUUUCUGUAUUUUACCUGUUUGUGUGUGUGAGUGUGCAUGUGUGAGCGUAUGUAAUACAAACAGAUGUUCUUUUUACCAGCUACCUCAAAACAAUCUCCACGUAGUGACAUGUUUUUGCUCUGAAUACUGUCUGAACUUGAAAUGUUUCAAAUGUUUUAAUCCUUUUUUCCCUCAUAUACAUAGAGAGAGGGACAUAGAUAUAUCAUCAUAUUCUUUCCCCCUUUUUUAAGUUGACAUUGUUUUUGUACUUUGAAACCUCAACUGCGAUUACACUAUUUCCAAGGGCAAUGUUGUAUAUACUUUUUUUUUUUUUUUUUUACUGUUAAUGUCAUAAAUCUCUUCAUUGGCUCCAUUUCUGUUUGGCUCAUGUGGACUUCUGUUUCACCACUAGAGAGAGACAUUCGUUGUUGCGUGCACUUGAAGCUGAUCUCACACCAAUGCUGUUAUUUAUUUCAUAUAGUGUGAUCUGUCAGAUUCUGCCAUCUGAUUAGAAAACAGGAGUGGUCACUGUGAUUACAUGUAAAAUUGACAGCUGUAUAAUUGUGGCUCCAUAGCACUGAAAUAGUGUCAAACAUUUAAAGAGCCAUGACAGCACAAACUGGUUAUCACUGGUUUCACUGGUUAUGAGUGAAGCCCUGGUGCCUGUUAAUAUUUGGUCGAUCCAUCAGUCUUAUUUUCAGUAGUUGGCCAUCUAGCAUCACAGCAAGGGAUGAAUUAUGUUGUAAUUGCUGCAAUAUAUGAUGAUGAAACAAAAGUAAAUCUAGUAACUAGUUAUAUGUUGAUAUGGAAUUCAUGCAAAACUUGGUAGAGUUUUGAUUGACUAUAGACAUGUUUUUGUUAGUCACAAAACCUGAUCUCAUUUUUUUUUUUCCCAAAAUAUUUUCAUAAUGUGAGUUCUGCAGCCAAACAUCUUUUUAAUUAUUUAUUUUUUGGGGGAGUGGCUUUUUGCCUUUAUUUGAAUAGGACACUAUAGAGAGACAGGAAACGGAGAGAGAGAGUAGGGGAAUGACACGAUCGAUUCAGGGACCAGCUGCUCAGGGCACUAAGGCCUAUGUGGUACACGCCCAAACGGGGCGCCCCCAGCCAAACUUGAGCUAUUAUGCAGAGAGAGGCAGCAAAAAUCAAACCACUUAACUAUUGGCAUUCAUAACAAUGGAGUCAUAAUAAUGGGAAGUACUGCAUUGGUUGCCUAAACUGUAUCGAGUGGUUAUUAACAGUGAAAUUUUAUCUGGAUUAAAGAGUAAAUGUUGUUAAAACUGACCAAAGGCCAUUAGAAAUCAUCCCUGAAUUAGUACAUGCCACACAUACACACACAUAUACAUACACAUACACUCAUGCAGUAUGAUAUCAUGUGUGUGCACUGGCUACUUAGACUUAAUAAUAACCCUCAAACAUUUUGAGUUUGCUACACAGGAAUCAUCUGCUAAUGUAAAUAAUACCUCACAAAAAAAGAGCUCAGGAAAUCUGAGCAUGAAAUGUGGACUAAUGAAACUAAGGUUGAACUGUUUUGGAAGAAAGCUGCAAAAGGGCAGUGCAUGCCCACAUGAAAACAUCAUCCCUGCGGUACAGAAGAGUACAGAAGGGGGAGCAUCAUGAUUUGGGGCUGCCUUGCUACCCCUGGACAGCUUUCUAAGUCUAUCAAGAUAUGUUACAUUACAGGAUAAUGUCAGGAAGCCUGUUCACCAGCUGAAGAUCAGGAGAAGCUGGGUGAUGCAACAGGACAAUGACCCUAAACAUCAACGUAAAUCUGCUGCAUAAUGACUUCAAACAGAGAAAAUCCACCUUUGGAAGUUCCCAGUCAGAGCUCAGACCUUAACCCAAGGGAGAUGCUGAGGAGUGACCUCAAGACAGCUGUUGACACCAGGCAUCCCUGCAACUAUGGCUGAGCUGAACAUUGUGCAGGUUUGAUCUGCAGUGACAGGAAGUACUUGUUUGAGGCUACUGCUGCCAAUGGAGGCUUGUUUAGUUAUUGAAUCUGAGAGUACACUUACAUUCAAACAUUUCAUAUCAGAUUGACAACCUUGACUUUUAGUUCAUAAAACACAUGUUCUGAAUUGUUUCCCAGGGUUCAGCGUCUAAAAGAAUUGUGCUGCUCCUCUAAACUGGUUCUACAACAAAUGU